CACUUUAAUUCUAGUCAGAGUGACUUCUCCCUCCCCACUCCUUGCUUCCCGAGCCUGUUUUUUGCUUUUUGUUUUUUCCUUUCUCGGAGCCAGGGUCUGCUGUGUCUCUGAGAGGACCCCGAGGCCUCUAGAUUACAGCAGAGGGUUCUAGGUCUGAGGGUGAGCCGCCCUAAAAACAGCCAGCAGGCAGAUACCAAGGAGCCUUGGUCGGCUCUGACUGGGUGACACGGUUGUCCUGACGUGCCCCCCGAGAAGAUGGGCGUGGGCAGAGCUGUAGGGGAAGGAGACUCAUCAGACUGACCCGGGGGUCCUGGGCCAGCCUCUGUGAACUGGCAGUUGCAUGGUGAUACCCAGGAGAAAUCCAUGGCAUUUUCUGAACUCCUGGACCGAGUAGGGGGCCUGGGCAGGUUCCAGGUCCUCCAGACCGUGGCUCUGGUGACCCCCAUUUUGUGGGUCACCAGCCAGAACAUGCUGGAGAACUUCUCAGCUGCUGUGCCCCGCCACCGCUGUUGGGUGCCCCUUCUGGACAACAGUACUGCCCAGGCAAGUGUCCCUGGGGACUUUGGGCCCGAUGACCUUCUGACUGUCUCCAUCCCACCUGGCCCUGCUCAGCAACCCCACCAGUGCCUCCGCUUCCGUCAACCUCAAUGGCAGCUUAUGAAGACCAACACCACAGCCACCAACUGGAGUGAGGCGGACACUGAGCCAUGUGAGGACGGCUGGGUCUAUGACCGCAGUGUCUUCACGUCCACGAUCGUGACCACAUGGGACCUGGUGUGUGAUUCCCAGGCCAUGAGACCCAUGGCCCAGUCCAUCUACCUGGCUGGAAUCCUGGUAGGAGCCGCAGUGUGUGGCCACACCUCAGACAGGUUUGGGCGCAGGAAGGUGCUGACCUGGAGCUACCUUCAGGUGGCUGUGUCGGGCAUAACAGCUGCCUUCAUCCCCAUCUUUCCCCUCUACUGCCUGUUCCGUUUCCUGGUGGCCUCCGCAGUGGCGGGUGUCAUGAUGAACACAGUCAGUCUCUUGAUGGAGUGGACAUCAGCCCGGGGCCGCACCUUGAUGAUGACCUUGAACUCCGUGGGCUUCAGCUUUGGCCACGUCCUGACAGGUUCUAUGGCCUACGGUGUGCGCAACUGGAGGAUGCUGCAGCUGGCUGUCUCCGCGCCCUUCCUCCUCUACUUUGUCUCUUCAUGGUGGCUUCCAGAAUCAGCACGCUGGCUCCUCACGGUGGGCAAGCUGGAGCAGGGCCUGCAGGAGCUACAGAAGGUAGCUGCUAUCAACAGGAGGAAGGCAGAGGGAGACACAUUGACCAUGGAGGUCUUGCGGUCAGCCACGCAGGAGGAGCCAAGUGGGGACCAAACCCGCGCCACGAUCGGCACCCUGCUCCACACGCCUGGGCUGCGCCUUCGAACCUUCGUCUCCAUGCUGUGCUGGUUUGCCUUCGGCUUCACCUUCUAUGGCCUGGCCCUCAACCUGCAGGCCUUGGGAAGCAACAUCUUCCUGCUCCAAGUGCUCGUCGGGGUUGUGGACCUCCCGGUGAAGAUAGGCAGCCUGCUGCUCAACCACCUGGGCCGACGUCUCUGCCAGGCCAGCUCCCUGGUGCUGCCAGGACUCUGCAUCCUGGCCAACAUCCUGGUGCCCCACGAGAUGGAGGUCCUUCGCUCGUCCUUGGCUGUGCUGGGGCUGGGGUCACUGGGGUCCGCCUUCACCUGUGUCACCAUCCUCAGCAGUGAGCUCUUCCCCACCGUGCUCAGGAUGACAGCUGUGGGCCUGGGCCAGGUGGCAGCCCGAGGGGGAGCCAUCCUGGGGCCUCUGGUGCCGCUGCUAGGCGUCUAUGGCUCCUGGCUGCCCCUGCUGGUGUUUGGAGUGGUGUCUGUGCUCAGUGGCCUGGCUGCACUGCUCCUGCCCGAGACCAAGAACUUACCGCUGCCCGACACCAUCCAAGACAUCCAGAAACAGUCAGUGAAGAAGGUGACACAUGACAGAGCAGGCCAGUCCACCCUGAUGUCUACAUGGCUGUAGCCUCCUGAGAGUCUAUGACAGGACUGGAGGAGGAGGACCAUGAUGACCAAGAGGAGAAGAAAGAGAGGGAGAGAUAAAAGGAAAGGGUAGAGCUGGCGAUGGCGGGUAAAGGCGCCUGCCUCCAAGCCUGACCGUAGGAACUCCAUUCCUGGGACACACGGUGGUAGAGAAAGCUGACUGGACUGCACAAAGCUGUCUUCUGACCUCCACAUGGACAGUUACCCUCCCCCGGUGAUAUACACAAAUAAAUAAUUUGUUAAA